AUGACACAGUGCUCAUGCUACCAUAGCCAAUGGACCCCUGAUAUGAUGCUGCAAGUCCAAGAUGACAUGGGGCUACAAAGUGCUAGGAAAGAAAAAUCAUUCCAAAUGUUCAACAAGCCGGGAUUUAGGCAAGAAAACGAAUACAAACUGUACUUUUUCUUCAUAUGGGAUAACCAUCUCACUAAGACUAAGACUAAGACUAAGACUAAGACUACUACUAAGACUAAGACUACUACUAAGACUAAGACUACUAAGACUAAAACUACUAAGACUAAAACUACUAAGACUAAGACUACUACUAAGACUAAGAUUACUACUAAGACUAAGACUACUACUAAGACUACUAAGACUACUAAGACUACUACUACUAAGACUACUACUACUAAGACUAAGACUACUACUAAGACUAAGACUACUACUAAGACUACUAAGACUACUACUACUAAGCGCAAGGGUCGCGGACAGCAUCCCCGGGAUUGA